AGGGCGGCAGCGGGCAGGUUGUGCGCGCGCAUGCCGGUUUACGCUGCCAAUACUUCUUCGUGAAACGCAGAGAGCGCGCGCCUCGGUGAUAUCGACGCGGAAAUCUAAUCUGUAACACACCCGAUAUACAAAUAGGAAAAUACUGAAAAUUAUAUACGCAAAUAUUGUGCUUAAAAACAGUGUCCGAAAAACAUAACAUCCAGGAUACGAACCGAUCAUUCCAUCGUGAAACAAACAUAUUUUAUAUGAUAUCAAAACCACAAAAUGGGCACAAAUGUCGGGCACCGUGAGCAGAACCGCUGAGCGGGCAUGUGGGCGCGCGCGGCGCGUGUGCUGCGGCGCGUGGCGCUGCUGGUGCCGUUCGUGCUGACGGCGCUGGCGCUGCUGCUGCUGCCGCGCCCGCCGCCCUACAGCACGCCCGCGCGGCUCCCGACCCCGCCGCCGCAACUACCGCGCGACGAACCGCACUUGCAUAAUGCGAUCACCGAAAGUGAGGAUGAGUUGAAUAAUAUUGAGGAUGAAUUUUCUAAACGACCUUGGUACAUGAGCGGAGGUGAAAGGAAGCCCAAGAACCAUGAUCCACUCGCAAGGCUAUUUCCAGAGGACUUGCCUAGUGAAGACAGAAUUGUCGAGCAGCUCAUGUACACUCUACCAAAAGACGAGGAUGUACCAGUAAAGAAGAUACUGUUGGCUAAUGGUCUAGGCACUUGGGGUGUGUCUGGUGGUCGGACUGAAUUCAUCAGAAACAAAUGUCCAGUGGACAGGUGCACGCUGACGGGAGAUUCCAGAGAGGCGGGAACGGCAGACGCCAUCUUGUUCAAGGACCAUCACACCCCGUUUAACAUCAAGCGACCACCGAACCAGAUAUGGAUACUCUACUACUUGGAAUGCCCGUACCAUACCGCAUCGCUGCGACCGACUACCGUGGACGUUUUCAACUGGACGGCAACCUACCGACACGACUCCGAUAUCGUCGCCCCUUACGAGAAGUGGGUCUAUCACGAUCCCAUUGUCACCGAGAAAGAGCUUGAAAGAAAUUACGCAGCUAACAAGACGAAGAAAGUCGCCUGGUUUGUGUCCAACUGCCACGCCCGCAACCGCCGCCUGCAGUACGCCCGCCAGCUGGCCAAGCACAUCGCGGUGGAUAUCUACGGCGCUUGCGGCUCGCACCACUGCCCCCGCACUGACCCAAACUGCUUGGAAAUGCUCGAUAAGGAGUACAAAUUCUACCUCGCCUUUGAGAAUUCCAACUGCCGCGAUUAUAUAACGGAAAAGUUCUUUGUAAAUGGAUUGCAACACGAUGUGCUGCCAAUAGUAAUGGGGGCGCGGCCUUCAGAUUAUGCAGCGGUCGCGCCGCACAACUCGUAUGUGCAUGUCGAGGAAUUCGCUAAUCCGGAAGAGUUGGCUUCGUAUCUACGUCGACUGGAUGAGGAUGACAGUCUUUACAAUUCGUAUUUCAAGUGGAAGGGUACUGGCGAAUUUAUAAACACAUACUUCUUCUGUCGCGUCUGCGCAAUGGUGCACGCGAACGGGCGCAGACAGCGCAAUGCGCACUACACAGACGUGCAAGCGUGGUGGCGCGACGCGACGUGCACGCGCGGAGAAUGGCGCUCGACUGUACGUGACCCGCGAGACAACCGCUAAUGUCGAACUACCCUCAUGCGAAUGCAACUUGAGUAAUUACCAAAGGUGAUUAAAUGAUAGCACAAAGUAACGGACAAAAUACACAUUAUGAAGUUUUUUCAACUGACAUGGUAGUCUAAUUAAGAAUUUGUAUAUCUUCGGUAAUUACGCAAUGAUUUAUAUAUUCCGUGUAGUGCAGUCGUGCAAACUAUGUUUAAGGCGCGGGCAACUGUGUAUUUUUAAAAACACUCUAGCACUAGAACUGAAUGUUGAAAAACCUAGGGAGGAGACAGCGGCGUCUCUGAUGUGUGCUUCGCUUAUGUCAUACGUAACAUGACGCACUCAUGGCUCUGAUUCAAUGAUUUUUUUCAUCUGAAGAAGAAUGUAAUUAUUAUUCAAGCACAAACCAAAAAUAACAGAGCCAUGAUAGCCCAUUAUUAUUAAAAUGGUGUAGUAUUCACGUCCAUUAUAAUUAGAUAUACAUUUAUAUGUAUUAAAUCUAUUCAAAAUUAUUUUGAAGUGCAAUUUUAAAUGAAUUAGUGGAUGAUGUUAAUAUACGCUUGUGUGUAUGAAAAUAUAUGAAUUUAGAGGAAUGUUAUUAGAAUUUUAAAAGGUAAAUCAGGAAAGAGAUAAGUCGUCAUCACAAAACUAUAUAAUACUUGAUGUAACUAUUUUAACAUGAGAAUAUCAUUUGAUAUGCUUUACACAUUAAAACAAGAAAAUAAUCUUAUAGGAGAAAUGU